ACCUAAUCCCAUUAUGAUGAUGUGGCCAUGUGAGGCCUGGAUGGAAGGAUCAGAAACUGAAGACUCAAGUUUGGGAACUUAAUCAGAAGCAAACCCAGUAACUAAUAAUGAAUUUGUGAAUUGGAAAAACUUUAAUGAUUAAAAAAAAAAAAAACUGAGAAGUUUCACUUGCUCUCAUCUUCAGAUACACCGGCAUGCUGCAACUUUACCUCCUGCAGCAAAGGACCAUAAUCAAAUCUUCAACAAAUUCAGAGUCUGGCUCUCCCCUAACCUGCAGAAAUAUCAGAUCUCCGUCUCUGCUGCUGUUGACAUGGCAUCACUAGCUCUGGAGCUGAUGGGCUUCUUCUUGGGCCUCCUGGGCAUGAUGGGAACCCUGGUCGCCACGGUGCUGCCCUACUGGCAAAUUUCUGCUCACAUCGGCUCCAACAUCGUCACGGUUGUGGCAAACAUGAGGGGCCUGUGGAUGGAGUGUGUCUAUCAGAGCACAGGGGCCUUCCAGUGUGAGACCUACAACUCCAUGCUGGCACUGCCGGCCGACCUCCAGGCUUCCCGCGCCCUCAUGGUCAUCUCCAUCGUGUUGUCUGUCCUUGCGAUUGGCAUGGCGUCUCUAGGGAUGCAGUGCACUCUUUGCUUGGAGAAUGCGGGGACGGUUAAGAGUCGUGUGGCUGGAGCUAGUGGGGUUUUGUUUCUCGCUGCAGGUUUCCUGUCUCUGAUACCCGUGUCAUGGACCACACAUGAGGUCGUCCAGACCUUCUACAGCCCAAACAUACCGGCCGGCAUGAAGUACGAGAUCGGCGAGUGCCUGUACCUCGGCCUGACCUCCGCGCUCAUCUCCAUGCUGGGUGGUGGACUGCUGAGUGUCUCCUGCUGGGUGGAGGAGGAGGGCGGCCGGGGGAGGCGGCAUGGGUUAGGAUAUCCGUACCCACCAGUAGGAGUUGGGAUGUCUGGCACAGGCGCUCGGACAACUUCACAGACCUACCGCCACCCCACCCUGCAAAUGGGGGCCGUCAACACAGCCAGCCGGACGCAGACAAUGGUCCGAAGUACUAGUACCUCAGAGUCCAGCGCUCAGGGAGCCCCAGGAGCCCCAGGAGCCCCAGGAGCUAAGAAGCCCACUGCAGCAGGAUAUGACAUCACAGGAUAUGUGUGAUAUGGUUCCAGCACUCCGUGAACUAAACACCAAACACAACUUCAGAUUAUGUAAAGGUACUGAAUAUUGAAUAUGGAGGCAACAUUUUAGUGGACUUUUCAAGCUGCCUUCAUUGUAUCCAUGAAGUUAUUUUCAUUGUGAUAAAAGUGGUUUCUUUAAAGGAAAAGUACAGUGGCCCUGAAGUUCAAACAUCAACAAAUCACUCAGACCUACUGCUUCUGUUUUGUUAAAGUCAUUGUGUUUUCUAAUUUGUAAUUGUGCUGAGUUAAUGUGUUUUUUUUAUUAUUUUUUUUUAUUUUUUUUUAAAAAUUGUGUUUAGUUAACGUUGUUGUGUUUUUAAAUUUGUAGAUUUGUUGAAGUGGUUUGCACUUCAGGGCCACCGUAGAACAAAACUUCUGUUUCCAAUUCAAUUGGAUUCAAGUCGGAUUUCCUGGAUGAUUGGGAAAAUGUCCUAAUGUCAAAACCUCCAAGGUGUUUUUUUUUUUUUUUUAGGUUUAUUUCAGACAUUUUACAAGAACAAAGCAAUCAGAUGGAAAGACAACAAAGCAGAGUCAGCAAAAAUAAAUAGCAGAUUAAUAAAUGAUCAAUGCUUCCCCUCUGCCUGUGAUUCAUCAGUAGGGGUGGACAAUAAAUAAGGACUUAGAAUUUUAUCUCAGUAAUUUGUGGUAUUAUUGUGAUAACAUUAAAAUGUAUGCUAUAAAAUUCCCACUUACUAUCUUUUUAGGUAACUGCAUGGCACAGAAUUCAAGACAAAUAUUGAUCUUAAAAACAAAACAAAAAAACAUUUCCAUUUGAAAUAUGGAAAUUGUGAUUUAAAUCACAUACCUGAACACAGUAGCUGAAUUUAUUGACAUCGAGACAAUGAUAAAUCAAAAAUUCUCAUAAGAAGCUUUUCACAAUAAAUAAUAAAUAUGAUAAACUGUUUAUCCUUAUUCAUCAGUUUCUUGUUGGAAAAGUUGUAGAUAGAAGUAAAUACUUAAAUAAUCCCACCCACUUUGUCUUUAAACAUCUUUCAUCUACUUAAUGCCAGUUAAUAAACAACUAAUGAAUUACAUUACAAAUUAAAUAAAAAUGUAUAGUAAUACAAUAAUUCUAUUUAACAUUCAGUUCUUGUCCUCAUUCUAAACAAGAAGCAUCCAUGUAUAAUUUUAACAGUUUUAAGCCAUCACACUGCUUCAGCUACACCUUGUAUAUGCUGGUAAUACUUUUAAAUUUAAGCUGCGCCUCAAGUCAUGUCCUCCCUCACGAAGCUUGAACAUUGUCUGCACAUUUCUUGGUAAUAGAUUAAAGUUAUAGUCUUAUCUUGCCCUGCUUUUCAAAAAAUUCUAGUUAGAGCAGUUUAAGAAGUAAAGUAAGUCAAAAUAAAAUAUAUCACAUAAAUAUAUAAAUUCGUCACAAGAACAAGUUAAAAGCGAAAAGUUUGGGUCCAGUUUGUGGAUGCUGAUACCAAACAACCACCAAAUGAAUGCUGAUGAGUAUUUUAUGUUUGCUGUAAUUAUGAUUUUUAUUGGGUUUCAGUACCUCAACUAAUCUCAACUCCUUAAAAUCUUUCCUUUAGUCCUCUAUCAGUUAGGAGUCAUUUUGAUAUGAAACCAAUGAAAUUGUCAAAACAUUAGUGGGCCUAAAUAGAAAAGAAAAUGUGUAAAAGUGCUUGUUUUUUUAAGUAUCAGUAUAAUGUUUUUGGGAAUAUGUAAAUAUGUAAAUUACAUUUUCCUCUUUUCACUAUAUUCACUUUGCCAAAUUUACACACAACAAAAAUAUUCAUGCCUUUUUUAUUUCACAAAUAAAAGUAAAUUGCAUUCAA